AUGUCUGUUAAACCUGGGGAAUUCCCACUGUUGUUGACUGCAGCAGGCAAGUCGCUGGAACCGGUGUCGCAAGCGGCACUAUCCAAGGCAGCUCGAAUGCUGGGCGAAGACGCCUCUGAGACUACUUACAAACCCACCAACAAGCGGCCGAUGAGGGAUAGCCUUCUUACUUUUGAAGCACCGUUGCUCCGUCCAAAGCCGCCGUUAAGCGACUCUGGCAUGAAGGUUGAUGCUGACGCAGCAUUAGAGGGAGUUGACUUGAAGACUCUCGAUGCGGUACCACGACCACUCGUGAAAAAGAAGCGUGGGCUCGACGUGUUUGACCAGCUGAACGAUGUCAAGCCUGUUGACGGCUGUGUUGAGGAAGAAAUCACUGCCAGCGACUUGGACGCUCUGGAGGCCGGUCUCCCCAUUGAAUGCCCCGAUGAGAUGGUUGAAUUCGUAGUUGUGCGAAGAUUCCCCCUCCUGUAUGUUGGCCUCGACCACGCUGGUCACAGCGUCACCGGCGCUAGCAGUACAUGUCCUGACGACGUCAUGGUCGGAGAUGAGGUGGUCUCCGUUAAAGUACAAGUCCGCGCGAUUGUCAAGCCACAAGCCGCGACUAGGGCAAAGCUAUGUUGGCAAGGGCUGCAACCUGGGCGCAAGUUCAAUAGGAAGCGCGAUGCAGAGGCGUGUUUGACCCUCCCUGGAGGUUGGAAAUUCUCGAGCCGUCUGAUGAACGUUGACCGCGAACAACUACAGACAUCUAUCGUGCAAAGUCCCUUCUGCCUUUCUAGGAUCAAUCUCUCUCGGUCACGGAUGGUCGUCGGAUACAUCGCAGCCAUGCCCGACGUCCACUUGGGCAAAGGCGCAACGAUAGGGAGUGUGUUCGCUUCUCGUGAUUUCGUCUGCCCGAACGCCGUUGGAGUGGACAUAGGCUGUGGCAUGUGCGCUGUGAAGAGAAUCCCCACUGGUGGGCUUGGGACGUACUGCUCUCGUUUAAGCGGUAUCUUGGCAGGCUUUAAUAGCCAUGAGAAAGCAUCACCGGAAAUGCGAGCGGCUAUGAAACGACUGAUGGACGAGCACAAGCCUACUGCGCAUACCAGAGGAGUAUGUCAAUCGAGGACAACUCCUCCCGGCAGCUACGCUCAGGUGAUUGCCGAGCGGCACGUGAAACAGAUUGGUACCCUUGGUGGUGGCAACCACUUUAUCGAACUGCUUCAUGACGAAGGAGACGACAUAUGGCUCAUGCUACAUUCGGGCAGCCGGAAUAUCGGCAAUAUUACUGCCCAAUAUUAUGACGGGUUGGCUGCGAGACAGACAGGCACUUCGAAGGAAAACCUGGCCCAUCUCGCGAUCGCCAGUGAUGCUGGUCAAGACUAUCUACGAGAUAUGCACUUCUGCCAAGCCUAUGCGAUGGAGAACCGAAAAUUCAUGAUGAAUUCUUUCGUUAAUGCCGUGCGUGAUUUAACAGGAAAGGUGCCAGAUUGGAGCACCUUGGUGAACAUCCACCAUAAUUACUGCGAAUGUGAGGACUGCACAUAUCGAGAUCCCGAGUCGGGGAAAAUCGUGCGAGAUAAAUUAUGGAUAACGAGAAAAGGAGCAACUUCAGCUCGCCAGGACCAGCUCGGUAUAAUACCAGGAAGCAUGGGAACAGGAAGUUACAUUACGCGAGGAAAAGGGGAAAGCAUGGCUUGGAACUCGUGUUCUCAUGGCGCAGGUCGGAGGCUGAGCCGUAAUGCUGCCAAGCGCGUGGUUGGGGUAGGCGAACUCAACGAAAUGAUGGAGGGGAUCGUAUGGGACACGACAGAGAGUCCAUCCACUCUUCAACGCAUUGAUAGAGUUUGCCAGGUGCGCGACGAGGCGCCAAUAGCGUAUAAGGACCUCACCGAGGUUAUGACGAAUCAGGAAGACUUGGUGGAAGUCAUACACAAGCUCAGGCCGUUGAUGAAUAUGAAGGGAUACUAA